AGCCCAAACGAUGAGUCUAGAAGCUGUGUUGAAGGCCGUUGGCCCAUAUUUCCUUAGUCUGUCCGAGCGAAUGUUUGUGUACGGGCCCCAGGGCAAGUUGCUACUGAGGAACCUGGAGGAGCACUGGUUUACACACUGCGUCACGAUCCCACACUACAACGUGUUUCCAUGCGACGUGAUCGUAGACACGUUGCAGCUACUGCGGAGCAAUUCGAUGGACGAGGUACUGCCGUUUGCGCUCGCCACGCUUGCGACAUCCAAAAGCGGGUGGAACGAGUCGUUGCUGUCGGCAGGUGGUAGGAUACCGUCCCACAGAACAGCCAAGAUCAACGUGUUCGUCGAUGCGUCAGACGCGAAGAGUCUGCUACACAAGAAGCAGAGGGAGCGCAAAGUGUGGUGGCGCAAACUCGCCCAGCACCCCUCGAGAUUUGUGCUCGCUGAGGCGAAGAAGACACGGAAUCUCGACGUGACGGAGAUAGAGGCGCAGUUUCCCUUUGGAAAUAUCGUCGUGGAAACGAUCACUCAUUAUCCUGGCGUACGCAAGUUGUAUCCUCAGGCCGAAAAUAAUAAAGAUAAUGCUGCAGACGUGCAUAUGGUCGAGCAUGUCGCUUCCUUGGAUUGGGGCUGCUUGGCGUUACUCUGCGACAGCCACAUGUUGGAUAAAUCAAAUAGAGCGUAUAUUCAUCCUAAGUUAUCCCCAUACAAAAUUACGUUUCACAUAGCGAGACAGGAGAACGAGACUGAUUCGGAUAUAGAAGACUUAAAUCGCUUUGUGCUAUACUUAAGCAAUAUGCUUAGGGCGAGAGGAAUCUCUACCAUAUUGAUGAAUACAGAACAGAUCAUAGAAAUGUGCCUGAUCCCGCACGUCGUGUCAGUGGAUAAGACUAGUCUUAAGAAUGGCGUUGUACAUGUUAAAAAUCGCUCGACGACUCUUAGCGAAGCAGUUCAUAUUACCGACUUAGUAAAGUAUAUUAGUUUGCGUUCUUCUUGAUUUGCUACAAUGGCACAACCGGAUUUUUUUUCGAUCAAUGUUACCAAUCAUGAGAUGUAGCUAUCAUGUAACUAUAUUUAAUUAUUAACUAUAUUUAUUACUGACAGUUACAACGAUAUAAACUGUAAAUAUAAGUGAAAAUUCUGGUUCUACA